UUUUUCAAGCAAAAAGGAAACAUAUAAAAAUUCCUAAAUCCGAUAAGAGUCCCAAUUCGAAGUCAAUUUCUUCUUCGCGAAGUGCUCUUCGAAUCGAAGAAAUCCUAAAUCAUCGUCAAAAAUGUCGGGAAAAGGGGCCAAGGGACUGUUAGCAGGGAAAACACCGGCAUCAAAGGACAAAGACAAGGACAAGAAGAAGUCAGUUUCUCGCUCCUCUCGCGCUGGCCUUCAGUUCCCCGUGGGACGUAUCCACCGACUUCUGAAGUCAAGAGUUACUGCUCAUGGAAGAGUAGGUGCUACGGCCGCUGUCUAUUCUGCAGCUAUUUUAGAGUAUCUUACUGCUGAAGUGUUAGAGUUGGCUGGUAAUGCGAGCAAGGAUUUGAAGGUGAAGCGUAUCACGCCUAGGCAUUUGCAGCUGGCUAUACGUGGAGAUGAAGAACUCGACACUCUCAUCAAAGGAACCAUAGCCGGCGGUGGAGUGAUCCCUCAUAUACACAAGUCACUCAUCAACAAAUCCUCCAAGGAAUAGACGAUAAUGAUAUUGCUAUUAGGCUUAAGCUGUGUAGACUGCGGAUGUUCUAUUUGUCGCAUGUUUGGAUGCAAACAAUGAAUGAUUGGUUUUCUUUCAGCCAUUUCAUAUGUAUGUCAUGGUGUAGACAUCGGUUCAAUUGUAUCACGUUAAUGCACUUAAUGCAAACACGGACAAACUAGUUUUGUUCUAUGUGAGAUGUGGUUAUGGUGUCCUCA